UUCAACAACCCACGUUCUCUCCCCCUCCUCUCUUUUUCUCACACGAUUGUUCUUUCCACGGCAGACGAACUCAUCGCUGGCUUCUCAAUCUGAAAGCGUCCAGAAUCUGGAGGUCUCAAGGAACAUUGAUCUGGUCGGUUUAUGGAGGUGGUAGCAUAGGCUAAUGGCUUUGGUUUUACAAGCUGUUCAUAAUGGUGGUUGGCAUGUUAUUGGGAAGACGGCUCGAAACAACCAAAGAUCAAACGAUGGAAGAUAUUAUUGUGGCAGUUCUUUGUAUGUUUCUUGUUGUAGCGCUAAUUCCCCUUUAUCUGUGGAAACGGAGUCAGGGUUCUCAAUCCCCUGAUGAACAUGAAGAAGAAGUUCAGGUUAGGCAGAGGGAAACUGUCGUGCGGGCCACUGGUACUCGUCGGAUGCGAAGAAGACCCGCUUCUGGUGCCAGCACAUCUUCAGCCCCAGUAGUAGAAGAAGCUGUUGAUGGAAGUGAUGAGGAAGCUGCUGGAGGUGAGUAUUAUAAUGCUAAAACAUCAAAAAAGAGAGAAAAGAAACGGCAAGAGCGGGAAGCACGACGGGCUGAAGAAGCAUCACAUGAAUCAAGGCAAACAAAACAAGACCGCUAUACGGAAAUGCGGAGGAGGAAGGAUGAGGAGCGUGAAGCACAAGAGCGUAUGCUGGAAGAAGAAAUCAAAGCCCAAAAGGCCAAGGAGGAGGAAGCAGCUGCGUUAGAAUUUGAAAAAUGGAAAGGUGCAUUUUCAGUUGAUGCUGAAGGUACCACAGAAAAUGAAGUUCAAGAUGGCAGUCAGGGCAUGCUUUUUGACUUUGUGGAAUACAUUAAGAAACACAAAUGUGUCCCCUUGGAAGAUCUUGCUGCAGAAUUCAAGUUACGGACUCAGGACUGCAUCAAUCGGAUCACCUCACUAGAAGAUAUGGGGCGGCUGUCUGGUGUAAUGGAUGAUAGAGGAAAAUACAUAUACAUCUCACAGGAAGAAAUGAAAGCUGUUGCUGACUAUAUAAAGCGUCAUGGGAGAGUUAGCAUCUCACACCUAGCUAGUAAGUCCAAUCAGUUCAUAGAUUUGGAGCCAAAAGCCCAGUUUGUUGAGGAAAUCAGCAACACUGAGGGUAUUACUGUUGCUUGAUUCAAUGUUGAAAAGAAAUUAGUCUUUUUCAAGGUGAAAACUUUAACCCAACUCAUUGUAGUUUGUGCUUUGUUAGACUCAAGAAAGUGUUCCCAAGGCCUGCAUCACUCAUCUUUUGAGCUUGUUCAACUGGGCCCUGUUUGAUUGAGGGAUAAAAUGUCGUGGAAAAUGUUUUACACAGUAGUGUUCCUUGUUUCUUGCUCCUCCUAUUGUGCCCUUAAAACUCUCACAGAAAUUAGAAAACAAAGUGAUUAAGAAACAUCAUCA